AUGCGCCCUCUUCAGAUCCUUGCAGUAAGCGCGGUGGCCUCGUCUGAGAUAGCCAUAGCGGCUCCAUCAUGCAUGUCGGGAGAAUGGGUGGACCUGGCCACCAUACCAACCGCGCGUCAGGAGCACGGAACAGCAGCUAUCGAUAACCAGACGAUUGCUGUCCUUGGUGGUAUCGUUCCUACGGCCAAUGGCACUGAGACCACGGACCUGUUGCAAAUUUAUGAUGUCGCAUCAGACACCUGGCGCACGGGGGCUGCAGCACCCUACAAGGUCAACCACCCCAACGUUGCCGCCGUGGACGGCAAGCUGUACCUACUUGGUGGUUUGACAGUGGGUCCAACUGUCUCGGGUUUGUCCAUGAACUGGGUGGCAUCCAAGACUUGUCAUGUCUAUGACCCGGCAUCGGACUCCUGGGAACAGCUGCCGGAUAUGCCAAACGGUACGGAAAGGGGAAGUGCCGUCAUGGGUGUGCACGGCGAGAUGAUCUACCUUGCUGGCGGUAUGACUGUACUCAUGACCGGGUAUCAGGAUGCGGUCAACUCGGUCAUAUCUUUCAACACCACCUCCAACGCGUGGCAGAGACUCGUUAUGGGAGCAGCUGAGCUUCCAGAGAGUCGUCAACAUGCUGCUGGAUCCGUGGUUGGGGACACUUUCUACGUCAUUGGUGGUCGCCGCUACGGGCAGCUCAAUUUCCGUGAUACCGUCUUUGAGCUCGACCUAAACAACGUGACCGCUGGGUGGUCCACGAGCACUGGUCAUAUGCCCACGUCGCGAGGAGGUAUCAAUGGCGGUGCCGUAGGUUCCAAGUAUUACAUCUUUGGUGGUGAAGGAAAUGUCGACUCGACCACCGGUGUAUUCAACCAGACGGAUGUCUUUGACCUGGAGUCGCAGCAGUGGGCAGAGUUGGAGCCCAUGGCCGUCCCCCGCCACGGAACCCAGGCCGUUGCGAUUGACAACCGUGUUUACAUUCCCGGUGGUGGACUUCAACAGGAUGGAAAGCAAGUGGUCACUAAUGGAACGACGACAACCCAGCAGCCAAGUACUCAUUUUGAUGCUUAUUGCGCUUAG